GAAUAUAAAACAUAAAAAAAACAAUAGUAGAAAAAGAGAGAGACAAUACCGAGAUGGAGGAUUUCCAGUCUCCUAGAAUACGAUCUUACAAAUCGUAUGAAGGAGAUCGGAACCUCCAAUUGGUUGAUCCUGCCGAUUUAAAACCGGUGAGAGGGAUUUACGUUGUUAGGGAAUCAAAACGCAACCGAUCUCCCAUGACAUCGGAUCUAUGGCGCAAGAUCUCUUACAAAGACCUGCCCGUUAGACCGAGAAGAGCUUCUUCUCAUUCAACAUCGUUAAAAGGAUGGUGGAACGAUCCGGAGAUGAAGAGAAAGAGACGAGUGGCGAAGUACAAGAUUUAUUCAGUCGAAGGAAAGAUGAAGACAUCUUGGAGAAAGAGCUACAAGUGGAUUAAGGUCCAAUGCUCGAAGAUUAUUCAUGGAAUAUAGCUCUCCAAUGUAUAUCAUCUGUUCAGUAGUUUGAUUUUAAAGGGAAACUAAAGCCAUGCAUGCAUAUAUGUAUUUUAUUCAAUUUCAUUUAUUUAAUUCCUUUUGUUAAUUGUGUUAAUGGUGUAUUUUGAUGACGUUACAUUCACUCUAAUUAACUUGAAAAUGCAGUAAACAAAUAAACUAUUUUAAUUUCAAAAAUUAUAAAAUUACUAGAACCUGUUAGGAGAUAACUUUAUAGUAGGAUCCAUAAAUAUCUAAAUGUUCAUAAGACUAUAUAUACUUGUUAUUAUCGUGCCAUGUUAUAUGAGAAUGACUUGUUUUUUUACCACUUAUAGCGUUGUUAUCUAACUCGCUUUUAGUAAGAAAAUCGUAAUACAAAUUGACAAAUGCGUUCGAUAACAAAAAGUUGUUCGAUAAAGAAUUUUUCAAAUGUGAAAGUUGAGAACUGGGGCGAAUCGAUGUAAGAAUGAAACCACAACGUCGCGAAUCGAGUGAGAAGUCAACUAUGUUUUUGUUAUAAAUAGACUACAACCCCCAUUCAUUUAGUAUCACCCAAGUUUCUGAAAACAGAAAGAAAGCAAUUUUGGUUCACCACUCUCCUGCUCGUUGUCUUGUUGAUUUCAGCUGGAAUCCCGAAGAGCGAGGCGACGUGUACGAAGUACUUAGGCGAAGCCAUAUUGGCGUAUCCAUGCAAGGAAAGCUACUGUGAAGCAAAAUGCGCUGAGUUUUACCACGAGUCAUGCAGAGGAGAGUGUGAGGAUCAUGAUCACCACCACGGAGUGCAUUUAACAAAUGACCAUGACGAUCAUUGCCACUGCUACGGUCGUUAUUAAGCUGCUGAAGUUUACUAAAUUCGUAUUGUAUUAAAUAAAACAAGAAUGUAAGCGUGGUGGUUUCCUUCGAUUUAAGUGUCAUGUGUGAGUGUUGUUUGCCUUUUUUCUAAUAAUAAAACAAAAUAGUACGUAGGACGAAGCUAAUGACUUUCCUUCUACAUCUAUUAUAAGAUCAUGUUGUAUGUUAUUUCGAUUUGAUAAUAAUAAUAAAGUUUUUCUGUGUUUUGUCUA